AUGGGUUCCCCGGCGUCUGUCACAUACGGACCGAUUUUCAUCGGGGUCGUUUUCAACAUCAUUCUUUACGGCAUUAUGAUCACGCAGACGUACCUCUAUUUCAACGUUUACAAGCGGGAUAAACUCUGGAUGAAACUUUUCGUGGCUACACUCUUCCUUUGCGACACCCUUAACUGCGCCUUCGACAUUACGUGCCGUAUAAUCUGCGAUCAAGUCCUGGGCUCAACGAGAACUGACAUCCCUCCGUCUCCGUCAGAUCCUGCGCUGACCGCCAUCAUCGCACUCAUGGUGCAGAUGUUUUUCGCCUGGAGAGUCAAGGUUCUGACGAACAAUUGGCCAUCUGUCAUCUUCAUUGCCUUUUGUUCCAUCUGCCAGUGGUGUGGAGGUGUCGGGACGGCGAUAGCCUGUGGCAUCAUCCCGGAAUUCGUUCACUUCCAGAAGUUUCAAGUCAUUGUAAUCAUCUGGCUUGCCUUUUCCGCCGUCGCCGACACCUCGAUUACGCUUGCGCUUGUCUGGCACCUGCGUAAGCACAAGACUGGGUUUGCCAUGACUGACGACAUCGUAAACAAGAUUAUCAGGUUGACCGUCCAAACAGGCAUGAUUACCGCAGUAUGUGCUAUCAUCGACCUGAUCGCUUUUUUGGCCAGUCCAUCGGGUCUUCACCUGGUCUUCAACCUACCACUGUCAAAGCUGUACACCAACUCUCUGAUGUCCAGUCUCAACUCCCGCGCGGGCUGGAAAACACCGACCCUUGAGCUUCCGCUCGUCCUCGGGCAGCGGAAGACGGUCUUCUACCUCGUGACUUCGCAGCAAGUCUAUAUCGACGUUGAGGCGCACGAACUGAGCGAUCGCGAGCGUCAGGGUAGCUACUCGUUCAAGAAGGGUAUUGUUGAUGCCGGUGACUCGGUGAACGAGCUCAAGAGCGAACAACCCUACGAGGUCAAGGUUAAGACGGAGAAGAUCACUGUUUCACGUUGA